AUGAAAACUCACUUCCCCACCGGCAAUUACGCCUGCCCUCGGUGUGACAGCAGGUUUAAACUCUUGAUGUCUCUCAAGCAGCACUUAAAAAGAACCUGCUUCGAGUACGGGCAGCGGCAGGUGGAUCCGAGAAGCCGGACCAAUCCAAAAACCUCUACAAGUGUGACAAAUGUGGAGAAGCGUUUAGCUGUACUGCAGCGUGUGCAGGAAGGUGUUACGGGACGCAGCAGCGUUGGCGAGGCACAAGGCCUCCCACACGUUGUUUCAGUGUACCCGCUGCGAGGAGACCUUCACGCUUUUAAGCCCUUGCUCAAGCACUGCCAAAACAUCCAUGAAAUCAACAAGCCGUUCAGAUGCAACCGCUGUUCGAAAACGUUUUCCAAGCUGCGCGUUCUGAUCGCUCACGAGUGGAAGCAUACGGGUCACCUCCCGUUCCAGUGCGCUCAGUGCAGCUUGAGAGUGAAAACAGACGCAGAUCUCGUCUCGCACCAACGAGUCCACACGAGAGAGAAGCCUUACCUGUGUGCGGAGUGCGGCAAGACUUUCGCCCAGAGGUCCAACCUGCUGCGACACUUAAACCUCAUCCACAGCGAGUCCCGAAACGAGAAGAAGUACUCGUGCUCCGAGUGUGAGAAAUCCUUCAAAGAGAAAUCCUCCCUGAAGAAACACCAGAGGAGCAAACACUUUGAAACCCUGACGCAGUUAUUCCGUCAUCCGUGUCAGUACUGUGGAAAGAUGGUCGCUGCUUCUACCAUCGCCAGACAUAAACUAAUCCACACGGGAGAGAGACCCUUCAAAUGCACCGUGCCCGAAUGUGAGAACUACUUCAGGUCGACCUCUGAGGUGAAGAGGCACGUCCUCAUUCACCACACCACGGAGAGGCCGUAUAAAUGUGACGACUGUGGGAAGGGCUUUGUGAAAAAGUGUUACCUCAACAGUCAUGCCAAGAUUCACUCGGGAGAGAAGCCGUUUGUCUGUCACUGCUGCGGCAAAGCUUUCCUGAAGCUCUACAGCAUGCAUAGACACAAGAGACUGGUACAUACGGUCGAAACAAAGUGAAACUGAGCGCUGAUGAUGCUCUGUUUACCAGCUGUGUUUCUUGGGCCCGCGAAAAGAAGUCUACGACACAAUGAGACUACAUCUCUGUGGAUUCAUAGCCCCCUCAUCUCUUCUUCCACACACCAUGACGUUCAUUUUGUAAAUGACGGUCCUUUUUAGAGUCAAAAACAGUCACGUUACACGCUGUCUAGUUUGUUCCUUGAAAACGUUUUAGUG